AUGAAGAAAAGCAAAGGCCCAACAGCCGACGAGAAGCAGCAAGUGCUUGACGCACACCUCCGGGGCGACGACGGGAGCAUUGUCGCACAGCACAAUGGCAUGUCCUAUGCCACGGCAUGGAGGGUUGUCAACUCUGGUCGAACGAUGCUGUUGCCACGAGGGGGCGUUCGCACGGGGCUGAAGAAGGUCACCGCGGAGAUCCUCGAUGCGCUCGAAAAACGAUAUGCCGCCACAUUUUGGGCAUGCUUUACACAGUAA